UUAAUUUUCUAUUAUAUUGUUAUGCUUCAUAAUUUGUUCUAUCUGUUGUUCCUUCAUUUUUAAAUUCUUGAAGUGUCAUUACAAAACCUAAAGAGGUGAUCUCAUAAUCAUAUAAGUUUGAAAAGUAUUUCAGUGUGAAUUUUAACUAAAAUUAUGAUUAAAUCUUGAAUUGUUAUUUUAAUUAAUUUCUUAUAUAAAAACCAUUAAUCAAGUCAAUGAUUAAUGUAUAUAACUUUAUUUAAUAUUUUAGUUAAAAUGUUUCUGAAAUGAAUCAUCUUAGACAAGUUUAUUCGUAGGGAAGGGUUUAACAUUUAUAAUUUAAUGAGAUUGCCUCAAGAUUGCUACACAGAAUAUUAUAGUUGCAUUCAAAAAAACAUUCUACUAAAAUUGGUUAUAGCUGUCUUCUCUUUAAGGAAGUUAUAGGCUUAUCCCAAAGUUAUUAGGAAUUUAUUGUAAAAUACUUUUUUUUAUGUUUGUAGUAAUAUAAAUAUACAACGAGAAAAAAUACAUAGUGUAUAUAAAUAUUACGUUACAAACCUGUAUAUACAUAUAUAUAUAUAUAUGAAAAUGUGUACUUAAAUAUACAUAUGUAUAUAUUAUGUAUAUACAGACUCAUCUAUAUAUAUAUAUACAUACAAAUCUAUUGUAGAGCUUGUAACAUAUUAAAUAUAAGAUAAAAGACACACAAUGAAGUUGGAUGCCUUUUUAAUUUUUUAAAAAGAUUGUUGAAAUGCGCAAAUACAAUAAAUAUUUACUGCAAACUGCAAUAUAUAUCAUUAUUGAAUAUACAUUUUAAAAUUACGAACAUAUGAUUUUCACUGUUUAGUAUAUAUGUAUGUGUAUGUAUUUCACUGUUUAGUAUAUACAUAUAUACAGAUCGUAUUUAUACAUUAUUUAGAACAUUGUUAUCAUUAAUUCAAUAGCAAUUAUUUAAAAUUAUUUAUUUUAUUUUUAUAAUUGAAAAGCAAAAUAGGAAAUAUAACUUCGAAAAUUUUGUACGCAUAUAGUACGCUUGCAUACAAAUGAUUUGUCUACAACGAAAAAUUUUAUGACAAGAAUGCAGUCUUUUCCGUAAAUUUUCAAUCUUAAAACAAAAAAUAAUUCAAAUAUAAAUUUUUCGAUUAGAUUUAAAUAAAAUUCUCUUUUUAUCUUAAAUAUAUAGAUAUACUCAAAUAUAUACAUACAUACUCUAUUAAGAAUUAUUCACUCAAAUUUCUGAUAUAAAGUGUUAUUGAGCAUGUGUAUUCGAAUGUAAUUAAACUAUAUAGUUAUAUAAUAAUAACAUAGUUUUUUAUAAUAAAUAGUGUUUAAUAUAAGAUAUAGGGAUGUCUCGAUCUUGGAUUUCUGAUUUAGUUAGUGUGCUUAAAGGAUCUCAAAAAGUAACAAAUGAAAUUAUAAAAUAUCAGGAAGAAACAAUCAAAUCUGUUAUUUUACAUUGCAGUUUACAAACCUCAGUAAAAAGUUGCUUAAGGGAUGUAGGAGUAAAAGUAAAUAACAUAGAUCCAAGUAAGGUUCCUGAACAAGUGGUAGUUGAAUUAAAAAAUACAUUAAAUCGUUUAAAUGUUGUUGAAAAAGGCAUGACACAGUAUAUAAAAACUAGAACUAAUGAAGCAUUAAAGAUCGCUGAUGAUGACUAUAAACCUAUAGUACAUAAAACAAAAUUAUAUGUUUAUAAUCCAGCAAAAGAUCCUAAAGAAAUGCCUAUUGAUGAAAAAAAUACAUCAAUAAAAAUUGAUUUAAAAAAAACAGUAUCGGAAGAUAAUUUACAGAAUACUUUUACUGCAAACAAAAAAUAUGCAACUGUCAAAGAAAAAAUAGAAACAAUAACCAAAAUGGAAAAUGUUGUACCAAAAAUUGAACUGUCUAGAAAAGAAAAGGAAAUUUUACAUAAAUUAGAGUUGGAAUAUGAGAAAGCUGAAAGAAAACAGGUUUCAGAAAAUGUACUCUCUUCUCAAAAUGUCAGUGAUAAAACGAAAGUAAAAGAAAAUGAUGUACAUGUUUCAAAAGCUUCAACAAAACCUCAUAUUAAACCAUCUGUAAAACCUAAACAAUCUCUUUCAGCAAAUGCAAAAGAGCGAACAGUCCCUUCUACAAGACUUCAAAGAAUGUUUAAUUUUGGUACUUUGGGUAUUGGUCUUGGAAUUGGAACAAUUGCAGAAUAUACACGUAGAUCAUUAGGUUUAAAAGAACAAAGAAUAAGUGAAACUGUUGAUAAUAUGUUUCUUACUAAAGCUAAUGCAGAAAGAAUUGUCACAACAUUAUGCAAAGUAAGAGGUGCUGCUUUGAAAAUUGGACAAAUAUUAAGUAUCCAAGAUAAUACUGUUAUAAGUCCAGAACUACAACAAGUUUUUGAAAGAGUUAGACAAAGUGCUGAUUUUAUGCCAAAAUGGCAAAUUGAGAAAGUACUUUCUUCUGAAUUGGGUUACGAUUGGCGAAAUAAAUUAGCAAAAUUUGAAGAAAAACCAUUUGCUGCUGCAUCCAUUGGUCAAGUACAUCAUGCUACAUUAUUAACUGGAGAAGAUGUAGCAAUCAAAAUUCAAUACCCUGGUGUAGCUGCAGGUAUCCAAAGUGAUAUUGAAAACUUAAUAGGCAUAAUGAAGGUAUGGAAUAUGUUUCCAGAGGGCAUGUUUAUUGACAAUUUAGUUGAAGUAGCGCAACGUGAACUUGCUUGGGAAGUGGAUUAUCAAAGAGAAGCAGAAUGUACAAAAAAAUAUAAAGAGCUUAUGAGUCCUUACAAAGAUUAUUAUAUACCAAAAGUUAUAGAUGAACUUUCAACGAAUCAGGUAUUUACAACAGAACUAGUGGAUGGUAUACCUGUAGAUAAGUGUGCUGAAAUGGAUUUAGAAACACGAGAAUAUAUUUGCAAAUUAAUCAUGCGUUUGUGUUUGAUGGAAUUAUUUGUAUUUCGAUAUAUGCAAACAGAUCCAAAUUGGUCAAAUUUCUUCUAUAAUCCUGAAACAAAACAGCUUGUAUUGCUGGACUUUGGAGCAUGUCGAAGUUACGAGAAAGCAUUCAUGGAUAAAUACAUAGAAGUUAUAAAUGCAGCUAGUUUAGGAGAUAGAGAAAAAGUUCUGAAUUUAUCCAGAGAUAUGGGUUUUUUGACUGGAUAUGAAACUAAGAUUAUGGAAAAUGCCCAUGUAGAGACAGUAAUGAUAUUAGGACAAAUUUUUCAAAGUGAUCAAGAAUAUUUUGACUUUGGUGGACAAGAUGUUACAAAAAGGAUUCAGGCACUGGUUCCGACUAUAUUAAAUCACCGACUGUGUCCUCCGCCUGAAGAAAUUUAUAGUUUGCAUAGAAAAUUAUCAGGCGUGUUUUUACUAUGUGCAAAACUUAAUGUUAAAAUGAACUGUCGUAAUAUGUUUCGUGAAGUAUAUAAUAAUUAUAAAUUUGGAUAAUAUUAUUAAAACUCAAGACAAAUGAUUCAUUUUAUUCUUAACAGAAAAAUGGUUAUCUUUUUAUCGAAUAUUAAUUUAUUUUUUAUUAAAUAACCUGUGUAGUUAAAUUUAAAAUUUAACGAAAGAAAAUUGAAAAAAAUUAGUUUAUUAUUAUAAGUAUUAA